GAAGUGGUUCCAUCCUACCUCGCGACGUCACCCAUCUUGUCAGUGGGGGAGGAGUUAAUGCAGUCUCAGAUAGACAACAUCCCUUGCAGCCCACUUCCUGUCCAGAACCUGGGGGCGCAGCAGGGGGAUGGAGGAGCGAGCAAGAAGAGAAGGAAGAGGAGGAGGAAAGCAAGGCCAGCAGAUGGAGGGGGAGGACCAGGAGGGAGGAGGGAGGAGAGCGGAGAGGAGUUUUCAGAGGAUGAAGACAUGUUUACCAUCGACCUGAGCUCAGAUGAUGAGAAGGAGGGGGACAGCAGCAGACCUGCGUACAACAGUCAGGGGUCUACCAUCAGCAGCACCCACCCCAUCACUGAGUGGCCUCACUUACAGAGUGAUGUGAAAAAGGAGCCCCUCUCCAUCCCUCCACACUAUGGUCUGUCCAUCUCUUGUCCUCCGGGAACCUCACAGUUCUCUUCACUACUUAGCAGCCAAGAUGACUCAGGAUCAUCAACUCCAAAGAGUGAUUCAGAGCUGACCAAUCAGACAAACCCUGAAAUCCAGUGGACCUGGGGGGAGCUUCCACACACUGCGCAGCCGUCCUUCCUGGCUUCGCUCCUGAAGCAGGACCCUGCUGCAGCCGUUCCUAUCCCAGUGAGGACCAACACUCACUUCAGAGCCAUCAGUGACACCAGGUCUGCUUCGGAUUCUCCUGGGACCCCCCAGACUGGUCAGACCACUGCUCUGGAAACAGACAAGGACACUGAGACAAACAAAGUGAAGGAGGUUGAGCGUGUUGGUCCAUCACAUAUAGAGAUGGAAACUUCAACAACAGAUUCAGUGUCCCCAAAGAUUCUCCCAGGUCCAGUAAACGAAGCCAGGAUCAGUGGAAGUCCCAUCAGGAGGACCGAUUCACCCUCCAAAAGGAAAGAAAAGAGAAGCCAGCACCUGGGGGCUGAUGGGAUAUAUCUGGACGACAUUACAGAUCUGGAACCUGAAGUUGCUGCUCUUUAUUUCCCUAAAAGUGAUGGAAGCAGUAGCUCAAUGAAGGGAGACUCCGAGAUGAUGAUGGUGGGUGUGAGGAGCACCAAUCAGUCCCCUCAGUCAGUGGGCAGCAGUGGGAUGGACAGCGGCAUGGACAGUUUGGUGGACCAGAUAAGUGACCUGCCUCAUGUCGCCAUCUCUUUGUGUGGAGGACUCACUGACAACAAGGAGAUCACAAGAGAUGAGUUCCUGGAGAGAGCCAUUUCCUACCAACAGUUCUCUGAGAAUCCUUCGAUUAUUGAUGACCCCAACCUGGUGGUUAAGAUUGGGAACAAGUACUACAACUGGGGCACAGCAGCUCCUGUCAUGUUGGCCAUGCAGGUCUACCAGAAACCCCUGCCCCAGUGUUGGUGUUUGAGUUAUGUGUUUUCUGUUUUUGGCCUCUUCUCAUAUUGCCUCCCUGGUCUGUUUGGCUCCAGCAGCUCCCAGCCUGCAUCAGUGGAGACCAUAGUGAAGGAAAAGAUGCCAAAGAAGGGAGGACGCUGGUGGUUCUCAUGGAGGAGCAGGAACAGUGACUCCAAGUCGGAAACAACAUCUGAAACAGCUGGAGACAGAGAGGACAACUCAGUCACUAUGACUCAACCCAACAGGCUAAAGGAUGAAUCUUCCUCUAGUGAUGAGGACCACAGAUCAUCCAAUCAGGUGUCAGGAUCCAGUCAGUCAGAGGCAUUUUUGAGCUCCAGCAGCGUCUGUUAUAAGAAGACUCUUCGGCUUACUUCAGACCAACUGGCUAGCCUGCAGCUAAAGGAGGGUCCUAACGAGGUGGUGUUCAGCGUGACCACCCAGUAUCAAGGCACAUGUCGCUGCCAUGGCACCAUCUAUCUGUGGAGCUGGGAUGAUAAGAUCGUCAUCUCAGAUAUUGAUGGAACCAUCACCAGGUCGGACACUCUAGGUCACAUCCUUCCCACUUUAGGUAAAGACUGGACCCAUCAGGGAAUUGCACGACUCUACAACAAAGUCAGCCUGAAUGGGUAUAAAUUCAUGUACUGCUCAGCGCGAGCCAUUGGUAUGGCUGGUAUGACGAGAGGCUACCUGACCUGGGUCAAUGAGAGGGGGACCAUGCUGCCAAUGGGUCCGGUUCUGCUCAGCCCCAGCAGUCUUUUCUCUGCCUUCCACAGGGAGGUGAUUGAAAAGAAACCAGAAACGUUUAAGGUGGAGUGUCUCACAGACAUCAAGCAUCUCUUCUACCCAAACACUGAACCUUUCUAUGCGGCCUUCGGCAACCGAGCCACGGACGUGUUUUCUUAUAAAGAGGUGGGCAUUCCUCUGAACAGGAUCUUCACCGUCAACCCAAAGGGGGAGCUCAUACAGGAGCACGCCAAAACCAACAUUCCCUCCUUUGGGCGCCUGUGCGAGAUGGUCGACCACGUCUUCCCAGGUCUGGUUCAAAAUAAGCAAGAGGACAUCCUCCGUUCUGAUUCUUUUGAUCGGUGCAACUACUGGAGCAAAGGCUUUCCUGAUCAUAUUAAUCAGGAAGAAGAAGACCUUCAGCCUCUUGAAACACUCUGAGGAGACUCCAUCAGUUCUAUCAUGAAGGCUGCUGCAGUCCAGCUUCUGUCCACGUCAGACAUGAAGCCAGCAGUCGUCUAACGUCGUGAAACCGGCAGCUCAGUUCAGGAGGGAUGAUUUCAGAUCCAAGAACCGUGUUGGAAACAGCUCUGCUAGCUUUUUUUAUUAUAGGAUAUAAAGUUAGCUCUACAGCUUAAAGAUUAUCCUUAAAACAACUGACUAUGACUACUGACUUAGAGGAAAUGAAUGUAUUUUCAACAUCACACAUCAACUAAUCUCCAUGUAAACCCAGUAAAUGAGGAAAAUAAUAGAAUUUUAAAAUUAGGCUAAAGAAUGAGGAAUAAAAUAAAUAGUUAUAAAGGGAAUUUCAUUCAAAAUUAAAAAGAAAGAGGUAGUCCCUGAUACAUUUCAGACAGUUUAUGUCGAGUCUUCCUUUGGACAAAGUUAAAACAGAUAUUUUACAGACUUACACAGAAAAUACUUUUAAAGUACCCUGCACUGCAACAAAGUACCAGUUUACCUCCACUAAAAACUUUCAGCUUUCUUCUGUAAUUUACAAAAAACUGAUACAGUUCAAGAUGCACAUGUUUUUGCAGUAUUCAUUUUCAGAUUUCACAUUUCCUUUAGGAUGUAUAUUGAUUUUACCUGUUGCCUAAAAUAAAUCCAUCUCCUAACAUGUGCAGCCUCAGAAUCGAAGUGUUCAGAUUGUCAUGUUUUCUGACCUCAGCGCACUCUGAACACUGCAGCAGAACAUCAUGAUUACACGCACUAAAACCAUCCAGCUGAUGCAAAAAAUAAAUAAAUAAAAAAGUGCAGGAAUUCUAAGCAGACUUUGUCUAUAUUCAACACCUCUGCAGGUUCAGGUAAAUUCAUGACGUAUUCUGACCGUGCUACUGUGAAACGUGUGGCCAUGGCCUGUUAUCUUUAAUGUUCAGUAUAACUUGUUAUCAAAGAAAAUGCAGAAUAAUGCAUUCUUUAUUAUUUCUCUAUUUUUAAAUUUGAAAAAAAAAACCUCCUGUGAUAUGUGAGAAUGUAACGUAUAAGUCACAUGUCAUUCUAAUAAUUAAUGCCCAUCAAUGCAGUCAUUUCAUAAGCUAAGCUAGAACAAAGAUGGUUUUGUAGUCUUUUAAUGUUUGUCUUUAUGUCUAACAGUUACUUGUUAUUGACUCUUACAUUAGAAGCUGUGGGAAAUAUUUGUCAGAAACAUCAUUUUUUCAUGUUAACAUGUUUUUAUACUCAAAUUACAUAAUAUAUUAUAUUCAUGUGUUUGUAUAUGUUUACUUGAACAAGGAAAAACCACUGUAAAUAUCAAACACUUAUUACUGUGACUAUAUAAAGUUGCAGUACUUUUUGUAAAGCUGUUGUGAUCUGGUGUAACAUUAAGGAUGAGUUGUUAUUUGUUCUUUUUUUAAUUCAUGUGCAGUCAUUUGAAGCAUUUCUGCAAACCUGAGGAGGCGUUUUCACUUUGUGAUAUAACUAAAGCAACAGAUCAACAUGCAGUACAUUUUAAAAAUGAACUGACAGCCAUGGUUUUUUUGGUAAUUCAAUGAAUUCAGGUCUGAUUUUACUAAAGUAUUUGGUUAAAGUGUG